GGUUUACCUAUUCUGUUGCGUGCUAUCCGGCCAACGCGGAGAUGAAAAUCAAACACACCUUGGUCAGGGGACACACGUCACUCGCCGGAGACCUGCCACAUACUCGCUGAACAUUAGCCAGCGGUUAGCAUCUGGCUGCUCGGAAAUGUGAUGUUAUUCCAGAAAAGGGAGGACUUUCACUGUUUUGCUAGUCAUGGUGGCAAGUGAGGAAAACGGGAUGGAGCGUCAGAAUAAGCCCAGUCUCCCUCCUUCAGCAGACUGAUCCACAACAAGUGAACCACCGAGCAGAAGACAAUCUGCAUCAUGGGAAGGAUCAGCUUUUCGUGCCUUUUCCCGGCUUCGUGGCAUUUCAGCCUGUCAUCACAGGUCCUUCCUCGGCUCCUGGUACCUUCCCUCCGGCAGCUCCUCUUCAUCGGCCUGCUGCUCUGCCUCAUGGGACUACUCUACCUGCUGCUGGUCACAGGGAAGGGGAAUGCCAGCUGGAUCCGAAAGGAAAAUCACUUCCACAGGCAUUUGGCAAGGGUGACUGAUGUGGACGCAACAGAUACAAGCAACCCCAAUCUGAACUAUGGCCUGGUGGUGGACUGUGGUAGCAGUGGCUCCAGAGUGUUUGUGUACUGCUGGCCCCAGCACAAUGGUAAUCCCCAUGAACUGCUGGACAUUCAGCAAAUGAGAGAUCAACACCGCAAGCCAGUGGUCAUGAAGAUCAAACCAGGUAUCUCUGAAUUGGCUAAAACACCGGAGAAAGCCAGUGAUUAUAUCUAUCCGCUGCUGAGCUUUGCAGCCCAACACAUUCCCAAAAAUAAACACCAAGAAACACCCUUGUACAUCCUGUGCACAGCUGGAAUGAGAAUCCUUCCUGAAAGUCAACAAGAAGCUCUUCUGGAGGAUCUACGUACAGACAUCCCAGUGCACUUCAACUUCCUCUUCUCUGAUUCCCAUGUGGAAGUGAUUUCUGGAAAACAGGAAGGUGUCUAUGCAUGGAUUGGAAUAAACUUUGUCCUUGGAAGGUUUAACCAUGAACACAGUGAUGGGGAAGCUGUAGUGGAGGUACAUGUCCCAGGCAACGAUCAGCAGGAGGCGCUGGUGAGGAAAAGGACUGCUGGAGUCCUGGACAUGGGCGGGGUCUCCACACAGAUCGCAUACGAAGUGCCCAAAACUGUAAGCUUUGCUUCUCCACAACAGGAGGAAGUUGCGAAGAACUUACUAGCCGAGUUCAACCUUGGGUGUGACGCACAUCGCACAGAGCAUGUUUAUCGUGUUUAUGUGUCUACCUUCCUGGGUUUUGGAGGAAAUGCAGCACGCCAAAGAUAUGAGGAGAGCCUCAUCAAAAAUACUGCCACUCGAAACAGGCUCUUAGAUCAGAAUACUGGUGAGACGGCAGAGUCUCCCCUCCUGGACCCUUGUCUACCCGCAGACAUGCAGGAUGAAAUCGGCCCAUCUACGCAGAAGCUCUAUCUGCGAGGCACAGGAGACUUUGACCAGUGUAGACAGAUUCUCCAGCCGUUCCUCAACCGCACCAAUGAGACCCAAACCUCCCUCAGUGGUAUCUACCAGCCAGCCAUUGACUACAACAACAGUCAGUUCUACGGCUUCUCUGAGUUCUACUACUGCACGGAGGAUGUGCUGCGCAUGGGCGGGGAUUAUAACGCUUCUAAAUACGCCCGGGCUGCCAAGAGUUACUGUUCCACCCAGUGGAAGACUCUGAGGGAACGUUUUGACUCUGGCUUGUAUGCAUCACAUGCUGAUCUACACAGACUGAAGUACCAGUGUUUUAAAUCAGCGUGGAUGUAUGAAGUAUUGCACUCAGGCUUCUCUUUCCCAGCUAAUUAUAAAAACCUGAAGACCGCCCUGUUGGUCUAUGAUAAGGAGGUCCAGUGGACACUCGGAGCUAUUCUUUACAGAACACGGUUUCUGCCUUUGAGGGACAUCCAGCAGGAGAGUCUGAAAGGAGCGCACUCUCACUGGCGGCACAGCUUCUCCUUUGUCAACAACCACUAUUUAUUCCUGGCUUGUUUCUUCAUUGUGUUGCUGUCUAUUAUGCUGUACUUGCUGCGCCUUCGCCGCAUCCAUCGGCGCACGGCCCAGCGCUGCACCCCCUCCUCUGUUCCAUGGUUGGAAGAGGGCCUUGGCUCACCCACACUCCCCAUCAACCUCUAAAUUUUGUAGAGCAUAAAUUCUGGACAGCACAUCUGACUUCCCAAAGCCAGUCUUCACUCCCUUUCUCUCUGAGGCUCAGCUGCUUGUUCAGUGAGCUUUUGAAGGCGGCUACUGUGCCCUGAAAACAGGGCUGCGAGUUACUAUGAGUUAAAACUGAGAUGGUAAUGAGAACUGGAUAAACGAAGAAGGUAAUUAUGUGACUCUUCAGGCUUACCUGAGCCCAUGAAAUAUUUGUGUUGGAAGUUAUUUUGUUUGAUAUGUCUUUUUUAGAUCUCGUUCUUGCCUGCCAUGUACUCCAUUAUCAAAAUCAAAGAGAAACGGAGUCCAGGUGUCUUUUUGUUUUAUUGAAAAUAAACGCAACGGUACUUUUAGCUAGCUAAUCUUCCAUACCCAAAUAAAUAUGUAGUCUAUACUUUGAAUUUCACAAGCUGGACGAAUAUACCAUGGUGAAAAUGUAUUUAUUUCUUUAUGCCUUUUGUAUAUGUAUGAUCACAUCUUUUCUGAUUUAUUAUUCUACUUUAGUUGUUAAAUGGUACAAGCACUCGCCAUUUCCACAGAAACCUCAAAUGCAAUACGAUUUAUAAUUAGUGGAAGGAGCACUUUUCCCAGCUGGGAUAGUAUUUUUUGUGUGUGUGUGUUUGUCUUUCCCAAAUUGUUCUGCCUCAACAGGACAGGUAGCCUUUAAUGGCUAUACUAGUGCAAUACAUGUCUUGUCACUGUUAGGGAAACUCUCCAGAACACAUCUGCUCUUAUGUCAAGAGGAUGACACUCUCUUAAAGCCCUGCUGAAAUUCUUGUGUUGGAUCAUCUGACUUUUAAGUUGGAUACCGUUACAUAUAUUUACGUUGGGCUUCAUUUUCAGAAGCCGUCAUAUCACUGCUGUGAGGGGAUUGUAAAUGAGAGCACAUGCCCCAUUAUUUAUAUGAAAAUGGUCUAGUGAAAUGUUUGCACAGAUGAAUGCGAAAUAAAUGUUGUCACAUUGCAAUUCAGUAAUAAAGGUUUUAUGGUA